UGCAGAUCUUUCUCUACUGAGGUUUAUCAAUGCAGAGCUAACAAGGGGUUACUUCCUUGAACACAAUGAAGCCAAGUACACAGAGCGGAGAGAGAGGGUCUAUACGUGCAUGCGAAUACCCAGAGAAUUGGAAAAGUUGAUGAUUUUUGGAAUCUUUUUGUGCCUGGAUGCUUUCCUUUAUGUAUUCACCCUCCUCCCAUUGAGAGUUUUUCUGGCAAUGUUCAGGUUCAUCACACUGCCUUGUAGUGGCUUGCGCGAUAGACGCCUGCUCCAGCCAGCCCAGGUGUGUGAUAUUUUCAAAGGGGUAAUACUUGUAAUUUGCUACUUCAUGAUGCACUACGUUGACUAUUCCAUGAUGUACCACCUGAUAAGAGGGCAGUCUGUGAUUAAACUCUACAUCAUCUAUAAUAUGCUUGAGGUAGCCGACCGUUUGUUUUCAUCUUUUGGACAAGAUAUCUUGGAUGCUCUCUAUUGGACGGCGACAGAACCAAAGGAAAGGAAAAGGGCCCACAUAGGGGUCAUUCCCCAUUUCUUCAUGGCAGUUCUGUAUGUCUUCUUGCAUGCUAUCCUUAUUAUGGUUCAAGCAACAACACUCAAUGUAGCCUUCAACUCCCACAAUAAAUCACUUCUUACUAUCAUGAUGUCUAACAAUUUUGUGGAAAUAAAAGGAAGUGUUUUCAAGAAAUUUGAGAAGAACAACUUGUUUCAGAUGUCGAACAGUGAUAUCAAAGAGAGAUUCACCAACUAUGUGCUGUUACUGAUAGUUUGCCUAAGAAAUAUGGAACAGUUUUCAUGGAACCCAGAUCAUCUGUGGGUAUUGUUCCCGGAUGUCUGUAUGGUGAUUGCAUCAGAGGUUGCCGUUGACAUUGUGAAACAUGCUUUUAUAACCAAAUUCAAUGACAUCACAGCCGAUGUAUACAGUGAAUACAGAGCCAGCCUUGCCUUCGACUUUGUUAGCAGUCGGCAGAAAAACGCGUAUACAGAUUACAGUGACUCUGUUUCCAGGAGAAUGGGCUUUAUUCCACUCCCAUUGGCUGUUUUACUCAUCAGAGUUGUUACAAGUUCUGUAAAAGUCCAAGGGGUCUUGUCCUAUUCCUGUGUAAUUCUUUUCUAUUGUGGUUUAAUAUCGCUCAAAGUACUCAACAGCAUUGUAUUGUUGGGAAAGUCCUGCCACUAUGUCAAAGAAGCGAACAUGGAGGAGAAGUUGUUCAACCCACCUCCUUCCAGCACCCCAGGAAAACCUCUUGGCAAACCACAGAGCAAAUACAAGUCUCCUCAAGGACUUUCUACGGAGGAAGGCUUCUCUGCUUCAGUAGCCAGUCAGCCUGUGCGUCCAAAGGAAAACGUAUCCCCCCAACUAGUGACGAGUCCCUCUGACCAGUUUCUGACAACUCCUGACGGAGAUGAGAAAGAUAUAUGCCAGGACAAUGCAGAAUCCAAAUCCAGAUCUACAAAGAAAGAUUUGUUGGAGAUAGACAGGUUUACCAUUUGUGGAAAUCGAAUUGACUAGAGGUCUGUGAGUGGGAGACUGAGCAGUUGGAACAGGAAGGGCUGUCAGUGACGGACAGAUGCCAAAUAGGCACACCAAUAUUUAUUUAAACCUUAAAUUAUUAACAGCAAAUCUAUUUACAGGGAGUAAGUUGGCUUGAAAAAUUGAUCAAGCCUCAGCUUUGUAACCUUGGUAUUUUAAAAAAUGAAAUGAGUUAAAAAAAAAAAAACCACCGACAGCUGGACAGAGCUGCAGCGUUGCUUUUCUGGGAAGAAUGUGUGACCUAUGUUUAAAUCCCUUUUCCUGUAUGAAUCCCUGCUUCCUGAACAUAUUCUUUUUUGCCCUGCAGUGGAGAAUUUUGAAAAGUUCACAAGAAGCACCUCUCUCCACUUGCUUUCAUGAGCAGAUGCCCCCCCAAAUUAAGAAUUCCACUCUUGCCAUUCUUUCCCAGAUUUACAGGAAAAUAAACAAUCAGGAUAUUCUUGGCUCAAAAUGCAUUUCAGCUAACCAAAACGUGGCAUCCUUAAAGAUUUACCACACAUUGUUUUUUGUCAUCAAUCUUAAGCUUUUAAAUCAGAAAUUGAUCAUAACAAGAAGAGUUGAAUGUUUGAAGGAACAAGAGGUCAGGAACUUACCUUUCCUCUUCAGCAUUUUAAGCAUCCAUGCAGAAAUUGGUGUGUUUCAGUUCCAGCUGCAAGCCCGUUCACUGUGCAAGAAUCUCUCUGCGUUGCGUGUCAAGCAGGUGAAGAGUAUUUCUUUGCUUUGCUGGGAAAGCUGCAUGUCGCCAAAAUGACAGACUGAAAUAGGUUUUUCUGAAAACUAGCUUUAUGACAUGCUUGGGUUUUGAAAUACAAAGCAGCUUCACUCAGUGCGUGUGAGUUUGGGGAGAGGAUCGCAAGGAAGAUUAAGACAGGAAUAAGUGUUCUUUUUAGCUCAUCAUAAUAAAAGAGCAAAGCUAUAUUCAAGGUGCUCCAUUCUUAUCUAUCCACAAUGCCUAAGGAACACAAUGCAAUAUCGAGUGUCUUUUUAAAACAAAAAACAAAAAGCAGAAUUGUGUGUGUUGAAUAAUAGCAGAUCUUCGGCAAUUUACUUCUUAGCUCUUGCAGAGUGGCCAAAACAACUAUUUUAAAAUGCUAAUGUUUGAAGUCCAGAAUACAUUAUUAUUCCCCCAGAGUUGAGAGGAUUAAUACGUGAGAAUGGUAUCCUGACAAGCAGGCUUCAAGAAAGAAGGCAGUAUGGAUGGCCAGGUGUUUCCAGUCAUUUUCUCCCCACGCUGCCAACCUUCUUUGACCAGCUUCUCUCAACUUAAGAGAACGUUGUGGGAGAAGUAUAAAACUUAACAUUGAAGUUUACAAGAUGAUUAUUUCAUAGACGUGUUGCUUUUGGCAAAUUUGAUUCAUUAAAAUUCAAUUCAGACCAUUGGAUAAAUCUGUUGUAAUUUUAUUUUAUUUAAAUGUCGCUGAAAGGAAGCUUGGAAUGAUCUUUUCCUUGUAAAAUAAUUAUGUAUGGAUUUUAUAAGUGCAUCUUGUGUGUCAAAAUAAAAACUCAAUUUUGUA